CCGUAGUCUGACGUAUUUCCUGAGAGACUAUCUGGUGAACGACAAUGGGUCAAAGCCAGAGUGGUGGACAUGGCCCUGGAGGUGGGAAGAAAGAUGAUAAAGAUAAGAAAAAGAAAUAUGAACCGCCAAUUCCAACCAGAGUAGGGAAAAGGAAGAAGAAGUCCAAGGGACCUGAUGCUGCAAGCAAGUUGCCUUUAGUGACUCCUCACACUCAGUGUAGGCUGAAGCUGCUGAAGCAGGAGAGGAUUAAAGAUUACCUUCUGAUGGAAGAAGAAUUCAUCCGAAACCAAGAGCAGAUGAAGCCUUUGGAAGAGAAGCAAGAGGAAGAGAGGUCAAAGGUUGAUGACCUGAGAGGAACUCCAAUGUCUGUGGGGACGCUGGAGGAGAUCAUAGAUGACAACCACGCCAUCGUCUCCACCUCUGUGGGCUCGGAGCACUAUGUCAGCAUCCUGUCCUUUGUGGACAAGGAUCUUCUGGAACCCGGUUGCUCUGUGUUACUCAACCACAAGGUCCACGCAGUCAUUGGUGUGCUGAUGGAUGACACAGACCCACUGGUCACUGUCAUGAAGGUGGAGAAGGCUCCACAGGAGACGUAUGCAGACAUUGGAGGCCUUGACGGCCAAAUCCAGGAGAUCAAGGAAUCAGUGGAACUCCCCCUCACCCACCCAGAGUACUAUGAAGAGAUGGGCAUCAAGCCUCCAAAAGGAGUCAUUCUGUAUGGAGCACCUGGAACAGGGAAAACUCUGCUGGCUAAGGCGGUGGCAAACCAGACUUCUGCGACAUUUCUGCGUGUGGUGGGGUCAGAGCUCAUCCAGAAGUACCUGGGGGAUGGUCCCAAACUGGUCCGGGAGCUCUUCAGAGUGGCAGAGGAACACGCACCAUCUAUUGUGUUCAUUGAUGAAAUUGAUGCCAUCGGGACAAAAAGGUAUGACUCAAACUCUGGAGGUGAGCGUGAGAUUCAGAGGACCAUGCUAGAGCUUCUCAACCAGCUGGAUGGCUUUGACUCGCGGGGGGACGUCAAAGUCAUCAUGGCCACCAACAGGAUAGAGACCCUGGACCCUGCCCUCAUCCGGCCAGGAAGAAUUGAUCGUAAGAUCGAGUUCCCCCUUCCGGAUGAGAAAACCAAGAGAAGGAUCUUUCAGAUCCACACCAGCAGGAUGACAGUGGCACAAGAUGUGACGCUGGAUGAUCUCAUUCUGGCCAAGGAUGACCUCUCUGGUGCAGACAUCAAGGCAAUCUGCACAGAAGCUGGGCUAAUGGCACUCCGUGAGCGGAGGAUGAAGGUCACGAAUGAAGACUUCAAGAAGUCCAAAGAGAACGUUCUGUACAAGAAACAGGAGGGAACCCCAGAAGGACUGUACCUCUAACAUAUUAACCCCCCCAUCUUUCUCUUUCCACACCCAGUACUGCUUUGCCUUCAGACUGAAGGUUAUAUCGCCAGAGUUUUCUUGUAAAUCUUUUGAUAUGCGUGUUACCUAUAAGAGUGAUUCAGAUUGUAUUGUCUACAUCAGCAGAUAUGGCAAUAAAAAUGAAUUUCAAGAAGAAA